AUGGAAGAAUUAGAGGUUACUUCAAGCCCCCACUCUAGCAUGCCCCCUCCCUGUGAGGAGUGCGGCCAGAACGCUUGGAAAUACAGAUGCCCCAGCUGCUCCAUCCGCACCUGCAGCCUCCCUUGCGUCAAGUCCCACAAGGCACGCACCAGCUGCACCGGUCAGAGGAAUCGUACCCAGUUUGUUCCCCUCUCUCAGUUCAGCGACGAUCUGCUCAUCUCUGGUGUGUGUGUGUGUGUGUGUGUGUUUCUCUCUCUCUCUUCCUCCCUUCCUGCAAUAGUUUCUUAUGCAUGGAGCCAAAUUUUCUCGCGUUUCUAUCUGGUUAUUCAUUAACUGUCUAUCACAGAUUAUAAUUUGUUGGAGGAGACUUUGAGGGUCACAGAAUCUGCCCGCCGGAUGAGGGGCAUCACUGGUGGUUGCCCGGGUGGGAUGGGCAGACACUCAGGCUUCAAGCUGCGAAUGCUCGGGGUACUCCGUAAGGCUGCUUUUCGGAGGAAAGUACGGCUCCUGCUGCUACCGGCUGGCAUGUCUAAGAGAGAGAAAAAUCACUCCCGAUAUGAUCGCAGGUUUGCUGCUCUUCCAAUGUGUUUCUGCAUCGACUUACUUGCUAAAGUCUACUCUAAUUUGACCAAUGAAGAAAUUUUCAUUUUCUGCUAGCGUUAAUGCCCUUAGUGAAUCUUUAGCCAAUCCCUUUCAUUACAUGAUUUCCUCUCAUAUAGAUAGAUAUAGGAACUAUGUGCCUUCUAUAAUCCUGACAAAUUCAGUUCCUAAUAAACUUUGCUUUGGCUUUCCUUUAUCUCCCCAACUUUUUCUUUUCCCCGAUUUUGUUCAUCAUUGGGAAUCUCAGCUGUUGCUUACCGUCCCAGUUUCAGGUCAACCCUCUGGUUCGAGAUGUUAGUUCAUCACUUGGAUUAGACCUAGAAAAUUGUAUGCAGUGAUGCUGCACGUCUUGGCAAUAUUACUCUCUCUCUCUCUCUCUCUCCCUCUAACCUGCCACGCCUACUUUCCAACCCAAAAUUAUGAUUAGUUCUUUUAUGUGUUUGUUUAAUUGACCUGGUUGCUGAUGGUUUCGCUCUGAAUUAUUAAAAGUAAGUCAAGAUCCAUCAUCCAACUACAUGGCUUUCAUACAAUCGCAUCAUUUGCCGGCGGCAUCGAGAACUAUCUCCAAUUGCUGUAUUUCUUGUUCAUUUCAGGACCAAAUCCAUAUUCUGGACGAUCGAGUGGCAUUUCCAUUCGACGGAUGUCGUCCUGACUGACCGCAGGUGAGCUGUAAAAUAUUUUUGGCCAGUAUUUAACCUCAUAAUAUUUUUUAUUCUUUAUCCUGAAUCAUUAAACAUCGAGAACAAAAAACCCACAUUUCUGUAGUAAUCGAUUAAGCAUUAAUUGAGCAAAAAAUUAAUAUCAUCCCCAUCAACAGUGUCGAUGAGCGCAUGAACCUGAUCUCUGUAAUGGGGAAGCACCUCAAACCCACGCCGUGGAAUCACAAGCUGAGGCCUUUCUGCAACGAAAGGAUAGAAGACCUGAAGUUCUUCCUCCAGAAGGACCCCAAGGUACCCUUAUCUUUUCAUUCCACCCAGAGCAUUAGCUCGUCCGCUGGGAACUCAUCCUUCUGGUUCGUCUCUGCCGCAGGAUCCCAAGUCCCCCUGUCUCCAGCUGAAUCCGGCGGCUCCGAUGGGUCCGCAGAUUGCGAACAUCACCGUGCUGGAGUACCCCGUCGUCCUCGUCUACCUCCCGACGCAGAGCCACGACUUCGAGGUGGAGGUCGUCAAGGGCUCGCUGCCAUCCUCCCACAGCGAAGAGGCCGCAGACGGGCGGCGCAGCCCGGAGGGCGGCGGCGGCGGCGGCGGCGACGGCGGCGGCGACGGCGUCUUCUUCCGGGAGGAAGAACUCGAAGAACUCGAGGACGACGACGCCUCCGGCGGGACGCGAGUCCUUGAUCUCGGGGCCGUCGGCUCUACCACGCCGGCGGUGGGAGCGCCCGGCGGUGUCGACCCUCCGCCCAGCUCCUCCGUCGAUGGGUGCUUCGACUUCGAGCAGGAACUGAGGGACGCUUACUCUGAUCUGAUUGGGGAGGUGAACCCAGAUGAUUUCCUCUGCCUAGACGGGGAUUUCGGCGAGGGCGACGGAGUGGGAGAGGCGGUGGCGAUGGCUGCCUACUGCGAUGGGCUGCUCGAAGAAGGGGAAAUCCCAGACUUUUGA